AUGCCAUGGAUUCCAUGGUCUGAGAAACAAAAUGAUGAAACUAGACGUCCUGUCUCAUGGUUGGACAGCCUUAACGCCACCGACUGGGCCCAGUACAAAGAACCGAAGACCAUUGUUCCCACCAUUAUUCUCACAACCGCAACUCUAAUGUCAAUCCGACUUUAUCGCUCGUACAUAAGACGUAUCCCAGAAGCAACUCAUAUCAGACCUCAGCUCUUCAGGAAAAAGAGUAUCUUCGGAACGGUGACCAGAGUAGGUGAUGCAGACAAUUUCCACCUCUUCCAUACACCUGGUGGGAGACUGACUGGCUGGGGCUGGUUUCCUGGUCGAACAGUACCCAUUAAGAAAGCGGAUUUAAAGGGAAACACUAUACACGUUCGAAUAGCUGGAAUUGAUGCGCCAGAGUCGGCACACUGGGGAAAACCGGCGCAGCCGUACUCGGCAGAUGCUCUAGCAUGGCUCGACAGCUAUAUCUACAACCGCAGAGUUCGUGCCUACAUUUACAAGCGCGAUCAGUAUGAACGUGUAGUCGCCACUGUCUGGGUGCGUCGAGGUUUUUUUCGCCGUGAUGUAGGCAUGGAAAUGUUGAAAGCUGGCUUGGCCACCGUGUACGAGGCAAAAAGUGGUGCCGAGUUUGGAAAUUUUGAGGAAAGCUACAGGCAAGCAGAAAAAGUAGCCAAAAUGAGAAAAAUUGGGAUAUGGGCCGGAAAAUCCAAGGACUUCGAGAGUCCAAGAGAUUUUAAGUUGAGGACCCGAACAACAAAGAACACCUUGUGA